AUGGAAAUUGGCGACACAAGUGUAAAAGUUGGUGUUCGUGUUCGACCAUUGUCAAACAGUGAAGUGAAUGACGGGAGUUCGACCUGUUUGUCAUACCCAAAUGAGGAAAAUCAGCUAAUAAUUGGAAAUGACAAGCUUUUUGGCUUUGACUAUGUUUUCAAGGAAACAGAUUCUCAAGAGCAUGUUUACAAAAAGGCUGCACUUCCAAUGGUUGAAAAUAUCCUCAAAGGAUACAAUGCUACUCUAUUUGCCUAUGGUCAAACUGGAAGUGGGAAAACAUAUACAAUGGGUACAUGUAUCUCUGAAAGUGUGGGAGAAGAAUCCACUGGUAUUGUUCCUCGGAUUAUUAAGGAUUUAUUUGAGAGAAUGCCAAAUUAUGAGUAUGAAUAUACAGUGAAGGUUUCAUUCCUGGAGAUAUAUAAAGAGGAUAUACAUGAUCUGUUAGGCGAUGUAUCUGCGUCCCUACAAAUACGUGAAGAGAAUCAACUUGUUAAGAUCCCAGGCCUAACUGAAACAGUGGUCACAUCUCCGGAAGAAGUUCUUUAUCUUCUUCACUGUGGCUCAACAAAAAGAAGUGUUGCGAGUACAGCGAUGAACUUAAAAUCCAGUCGCAGUCAUGCCAUUCUUACUCUAUGUUUUUUGUUGCGGCCAAAGAUAGCAGCGAUGGAUGGGGAGAAUACGGAAGAUACAUUAACGGCUAAAUUACAUUUAGUCGACCUAGCUGGCUCUGAACGAAUUAAGAAAACACAUGCUGAAGGUGACCGACUUAAAGAAGGUAUCGAUAUAAAUAGAGGAUUGCUUGCACUUGGUAAUGUAAUAAGUGCUUUAUGCGAACGGGACGCAAAGAAACGAUCGCAUAUUCCAUAUCGCGAUUCACGUUUAACUCGCCUACUUCAAGAUUCGUUGGGCGGGAAUAGUGCCACAUUAAUGCUUGCUUGUGUUAGUCCUGCAGAUAUAAAUAUGGAAGAGACAUUAAACACACUUCGAUAUGCAGAUCGAGCACGUUUAAUUAAAAAUAAACCAAUUUUAAAUCGUGCUGAUCCUAAAGAUGCUGAACUUGCUAAACUGCGUGUUUUGGUUGCUCAAUUACAAGCACGAUUAGCUAACGGUUCCUCUUGUUUUCCAUUACUCAGUCCUUGUCCAAAAACAAUUAUUAAACCAUUAUCUACUACUACUACUACUACUAUUAAUAAUAAUUCUACUAACAGUCAUUUUUCUUCAGAAUUAGUUACAAAUCUCAUGAAUAAAAAUAAAAAGUUAGAGAGUGAGAAGCUUCUGCUUUGUGCAGAAUUAGAUCAUAUUGUCGAACAAAUGAAUGAAUUAUACAAAAAUCGUUUCGAUACUGAUCAUUUACAUGAUACAGUAAUAUCUGAACUCCAAAAAAUCGAAUCAAUUCUCAACUCCUUAAAUCAAUUUGUUAGAGAUAAAUUCAAUGAAUAUCCUGAACUGAUUAGUUAUAUUCAAGAAUUGGAAGAUAUCCUAACUGGAUUGAUAAAACUUUAUAAUGAGUCGAAUAAAAUUACAAAUGAAGAUUUGGAACAUGCUUAUAAACAGUCGUCUGAUUUCCUAGCUGAAUUUCAAUCAGACACUACAUGUUUCGAUACGGAAGAAGUAUUUGAAAAGAUACCAUUAAUAAUUCAUACCGAAAUCGACGUUGAUAACAACGCUAACUGUAUUUCGAAUUUGAGCAGUAUUAAAACUACAACGCAACCGGAACUUCUUGAUCGCUGGGGUUCUGAACUGCGAGCACGUAGAUUAGAAUGUAAACAACGGAUUGAGACAAUUGAAACUACUAUACGUCAAAAGAAUGUUCUUCUAACUAGUUUAGAAGCUGCAGCUGAACAAGGAGAUGAAUCUUAUUGUUUAUUAUUAAACAAAUACGAAUCUCAAAUUCGUGAACUGGAAUCAAAAGUUAUUGAUUUAGAGCGGGAAAAGUCCAAGCUGUUGGCAGAACACAGUAAUGAAGAAUUAAAAGAUUCCAAAACGCAACGAGAAGCACGUCUUAAGACCAUGGAACAAGAAUUAAAUCAGACACGUCGUCAACUAACUGAAUUAUCACGUUUAAAGAAAGCGAAAGAGGCUAGAGAAGCGGAAUGUUUAAGAUUAAGAAACGAAAUACAGUCGUUGAAAACUUCAAUGAUCCGAUCAGCUAAACAAUUGAAAGAAGAAAGCAGUGCUUAUCGAAAAUGGCGUAAAGAAAAGGAAACAGAGGUGAAAAAACUUCAAGAACAUGAUCGCCGGCUUCAAUGUGAGAUGUCUCGUAUGGUUUCAGUGCACGAACGGCAACAAGCUGUAUUAAAGCGCCGUAUUGAAGCUGCUGCGGCUGCUGAACGUCGACUUAAAGAAUUGUUAUUACGUCAAAAAGAUAUUAGAAAUGAACGUGAUAAACGUGUAUCUGAAGGGAACAAUGCUAAAAAAUUCGAUUUGGCUGCACGAGUUCGCGCUUGGGUCAAAACAGAUUUAGAUAUCCAAAUCAGUAUGGAUACUGUUAGAUAUCAUCUGAGUCAUUUUAUGGAUUCACGUAAAACACUGUGUGAUCGAUUGCGCACGAUCGAAGCCAAAAUGGAAAGUUGCCGACAAGAUGGUAAACCUUAUGAUAUGUAUAUUGAAGAAGUGAACGGUCUUACUGAAUCGAUCCAAUGUCAAACACAACAGAUUAGCAAUUUGCAACAAAAACUUAUGGAUGCCGGCGAAAGAUCGUCGACAGAUGCCUCCGGUCCACCUGAUUUGUCUGGUCAAAUGCUCUCGUCUCGUUUAUCCCAACUACAUAACAUCCAAGAAGCACGAAUAGCUUUGAAAUAUCUAUUCAGACAAGCAUCGUCAUCUGAAGUUUCUAAGAUUAAUUUAGAAACUCAGAUAUACGAAUUGGAAUCUCAACUAAAUACAGAGAGACGAAAAGUAGAAAAUUUACUUCAGACUACAGAGCAUUAUUCUGCAGAAUUACUGAAAUCUGAGGAGAAUAUGAAAGACAUUCAAUUUCGUCUUCAAGCUGCUAAUGAAGACAUUGACCAAUUAAAAAGAGAAAACGCUGAAUUACUAGAAGCUUCGAAAAUUCAACGUGAUAAUUUAAUGAAGAUAAGAUCAUUGAUGGCAAGUAGUCCAUCUACUGAACUGAUUGUCGACAACAAAUUAUCAAACACCCCUGUACUUCGUCAAUAUAGCAGUAAUAAUAAUUGUACAUUUACUUUGUUGAGUGAUGAUGAGAAUGAGAAUGUAAAUCCGCAAACAAAUAUUGCUACCGAUAAAUCCCUAAACUUCAAUGAUGAUGUAAACACUAAUGAUGGAGACGAACCAGGAGUGAAGUUUAAAAAAGUUGAAAGCGAAUGGAGUUUACCAUUUACAGUAGUCACUGAUAUUAAUUCAAACACUGAUGCAGAUCCACACCAACCUAGAUGUAAAUGCCGAGGAACAUGUCAAGCACGUUGUAGUUGUAAACGUUCCAGUCGUCCGUGUGUCCCAUCACAUUGUCACUGUGUAUUAGGUCUGUGCAAAAAUCGUUCAGACUCAUCAUCGCAAAACAGUCAAAUAGCCAGUUCAGUCGAAAAUUCUGCAACUGUUAUGGGACCACCAUCUGGAUUACCCGUUAUAUUACGUCCCAAACGUAGAACUCGUGCAUUACAAUUAAAUUUGCCUGAAGAACAACAGGAUAAACAUAUGACUCACACACUGAUGAAUGAAACGUAUGAUUUAAACAAACAACAAACUUGUAAAUCCAUAUCAGAAAUUAAUGAUAAUGAUGAUCUACAAUCUCCAACUGACAAUUCACAACUAUCUGAUGGCGGGUCACUUCGUUAUUUAUGGCCUAAAAAUCGUUUAUCUUAUUUUCCCAGUCCACUAUUGCGUUCAGACAGAUAG